AUGCUACGCACAGUCCUGCUUUUGGAUGGGAGUGAGUCUAUAAACAGCUCUUCGGACUACCUCCCCUCCUAUUUGUUAGCCCUUCGCCCCCCACUCAUGCAGUUCAUCUCGGAAUAUCUCGAUUCAACACCACUCGCCACGCUCGGUGCCGUUGUGAUGCGGGAUAGCAUCAGUCGCCGGCUGUGCUCCUGCACCACAAGUGCCAACGAGAUGGUCGAAAAAUUAGAACGGGAUUACUUCCUGUACGGUGGUUCAGGGGCCACUUCACUGGAAAACGGCUUACGAAUGACCUUAAGCGAGCUGGUCGACUUGCAGAAGUUUGCCGAGAAGCGGCCUGGGGCGGACGCAUCGUCUUCGCCCUCCCGCCGACGGCGGCCGCAGGCUGUGCAAUUGCGCGUGCUGCUAAUAACCGCAUCCGUCACGUUGAUCGACCCCACCGAUAUCUUUCGUGUGAUCGCCACCUUUCGUAAAUUUCACAUUCAAAUCGACGUCAUUACCUUUCACGGUGCCGUCCAUGUGUACGACAUGUGCGCGCGGCAAACUGGUGGGCAGCUGUAUUGCCCCUUGCGGUUUGACCACCUUUUGCGGAUUUUACAUCAGCUUGCGGUGAACGGCGGGUACACGGAGGACGCCGAGCGGAGCGGGCACCGUCCACAGCUGGGAUACAUCCUGCAUCUCGCCCCGCACGGUAGAGCCGCCGCGGUGAAUAAGGGGAACCCAAGCGAGGUGGGGUGGAAAAGUCCCCCCCCUCCUAAGGGUGGAGUGGAGAGCGACUCAAUUGCUAUGGUGCCCAUCGGAUUCCCGAUCUUUUUGGAGCGACCGGUAAAGGAGGGCGUCGAGACCUACUUGGCUUGCCCGCAGUGCCACUUUAUCCAAACCACCAUCCCCGCCACUUGCCCGCUCUGCAAGCUGCUUUUGUGCAAUGUCGGGAUGCUCUUUUCUACCUUCGUCGCCCACAACCGUUUGGUCCCGCCGUAUCGUCGACUUCCUCAGGAAUUGCCUCGGUUGGGGCCUGGGGAGGGGCCGGACGGCGAGGAGAAUGAGGAGAAGGAGGGCGAAAUAAACGAAAAAGCCGGGAAAAGAGAGGGGGAUGUGCGAUGCCACCUGUGCGCGGACGUGGUGGGGCAGGCGGGCGAGGAUGGAUGGGUGUGCGAGUCGUGUGCGGGUGUGCGGUGUGGCCCCUGUCAAAUGUUUGUGGUGGAGACACUGGGGCUUUGUCCUUCGUGUAUUGCAUUACAGUAG